UAGCCACGGCGUCUUUCGCAUAAACACGCAAAAAACUGUAUUUGGAGGCUUUAUAUGAAUUUUUUGUUUAACAGUUUAACACGCGGCACUUCGUUUACAUUUUAAUCACACAUGUGGCAUUAUUAUCAAUCCAUUCACUGAAUUCCCACGAACAUGUAAUUUCUCCUACUUUUGUUUGUUUUGUUCGUUUGUUUUGUAUUGCGAAGGGAGCAGACGUCAAAAUCGCGAAAAAGUGCUUUUUAAUGCCACGUUAGAUACUCAAUUCGCCUUGGAACAGACCUAUUGUAUAGCAACCCUGUUAAUAAACAAUAAACAGCGGCUCUCUAAUAACCAGCUGGUUUCUGAAUUCUAAACUCUACCUCAAACAGGAAAAAAUUAAAACCAUUAUAUUAGAAAUAUUGAAAGAUUUCAAAUGUUAGAUGCUAUAUUUAAGAAGUGCUUUUCGAAAUUCAAGUAUUAAAGGCUUAUGCAUGUCCUUUUACGCUGUGGGCCGUGGCCAUAAUGUUGGCAUAUACGACAGCUGGACUAAGUGCGAAGAACAAGUUAAGGGUUUUAAAGGUGCUAAAUAUAAGAAAUUCAAUUCACGUCUUGAAGCCGAAGCUUUUGUUCAAAAGAUGACUGCUCUUGCCAUGACGGGAAAACCAGUUUCAACCCCAAAAGACUUUUGGCCUGAAGAGGAAAGUGCUGAGUUGAACUCAGUGGGAGAUUCAGAGCUGCUUGCCGCUGCAGCUGCUGUUGAACUGCCGAGUUGCAGUGAUAUACCCGUACGGAAUAAAAGAAAAGCUAAUUCCGAUGGUGAGAUUAAACCAAAACAAAAAAAAUAUCCUGUUCAUGUCUCAAACGUCUGGAAACCUGUGGGAUUUAAAACAAUAAAUAAUCUUCCGUUCGAAAUUGAUUCCGAGGGCUAUGUUAUUGUCUAUACUGAUGGUUCAUGUAUAAAUAAUGGACGGCCGGAUGCCUGUGCGGGUUUGGGGGUAUACUUUGGAGAAAACCACUCGCUAAAUGAAUCACGACCAGUUACUGGUCGAGUUACCAACAACGUGGGUGAAAUUCAAGCGGCCAUUCACGCUAUUAAAACAGCAACAGCAUUUGGCAUCGAAAAACUGUGUGUUAGUACAGAUUCACAGUUCCUUAUAAAUUCAAUAACGAUAUGGAUUAAAGCAUGGAAGCAAAAUGACUGGUGUUUGAAAAACGGAGAGCCGGUAAAAAACACUAUAGAUUUUAAGGAGUUGGAUAAAUUACUUGGUGGCGAAAGUAUUCAGGUGAAAUGGAACUAUGUUAAAGGUCACCACAGCAUUAUUGGAAACCAAAUGGCGGAUAAGCUAGCAAGGGAAGGCUCGGACAUGUAUAGACGUUUGAAUAAUGUUAAGCAUUCUAAAUAAAUACUUACUUGUUUGAGACCAAUUAAACUGAAAAAGUUUACAUAUUUUUUCCAUCUGUAUAUAUAUGUAUAUUUUGUACAAUAAGUGGUCAAAAGAAGAUAAAAAACAAA